UCUUACGACUGUCAACUUCGGCGCGAACAGCUCAACAACAGCCGGCCAAGUUAAUAGAGAAUCGAAUCGACUCCAUCGACAGAAGCUCAAAGAUGAGUGAAAUGCCAUCUUCGUUUUCCGGGCCCGGGAAUCAGGCCAUGCAUGAAGGGUCAAUCGACGACAGAUUCGUCGAAAUGCUGGGCGGGAGUACGGGAAUGACCCUCGAGCCUACCCGGAAUUAUUUCCGAUCUGCACUGACGCCCUUUGAACCGCCGGUGCGGCCGUUGGCACUCAUCCCCUUACCCCGCGAUCGCGACUUUGUUGAUCGUGGAGAUAUCCUCGACCAGAUCAGGCAGCGAUGCUCCGAGCCGGCCGGUCGUGUGGCUCUCGUAGGGCUUGGUGGCGUGGGAAAAUCGCAACUGGCCAUUGAAUAUGCUCACCGGGUUUCCGAGGAGCAGCCUGACGCAUGGGUAUUCUGGGUUCAUGCAGGUACCCAGGCGCGCGUCCGAGAAGGGUUCAAGACGAUUGCAGACGCUAUCAAGCUACCCGACCGGAACCAAGCCAACGCCGACAUCCCCCAGCUUGUGUCCAGCUGGCUGUCCAAUGACCAGAACGGCAAAUGGACCAUCGUCGUUGACAGCGCCGACGACCGCAACAUACUCUACGGUCCAAUCAGCGACGAGACGCCCGACGACCGGUCCUUCGCCUCGUAUCUACCACAGAACCGAAACGGAUCGAUUGUCGUCACAACCCGCAAUAGGGAUAUGGCUUUCAGGCUGACCGGGUACCACCAAAACAUAAUCGAAGUAGGACCGAUGGCGGAGAGGGACGCCCUCACGCUCCUCGAGAAGAAGUUGGGAUCGCUGCCGGAUUUAGAUGUGGCGACUGAUCUCGUACACGAGCUUGACCUUGCCCCGCUGGCCAUUAGCCAGGUAGCCGCAUACAUGCGGGUAAGGAACAUCUCGCCUGCCGAGUACCUCGACCACUUCCGGGCGAGUGAGGGCAACAGGAUCAAGCUGUUAGAGCACGACGCAGGGGAUCUCCGGCGGGAUGGGGGCGCACCCAACGCCAUUCUUACCACAUGGCAAAGAACCUUUGAGCACAUCCGGUCCGACCAGCCUUCUGCAGCGGAUCUGUUGUCGCUCAUGAGCUUCUUUGGCCCACAAGGCAUCCCUGCGUGGGUUCUACACCCUUCUGGAAUUGCCAACGACGCGAUGCGACAGGCUAGAGAGGGGGAUCCGGGCGACAGAAGCAGUGCCACAAUCAGUGACACCAAUGACGACGACGCAGACGAAGACAUGGAUGGCGCAUUUGGACACGACGUGGCGAUGCUGAUGAAUUACUGUCUCAUCGUCGCGGAUGAGACUGGGGGCAAAUUUGGGAUGCACCGGCUCGUGCAACUGGCGACGAGAAGGUGGCUGGGGGCGUUUGGGCAGCACGAAGCAUUCAAGCAGCGAUACAUCGAGCGACUGGCAGCAUCGUUUCCAACAGGGGAGUACGAGAACUGGGCGACGUGCCGGAUUCUCUUCCCACACGUCCAUGUGGCUUUAGGCUAUAGGCCUGGUAGGGAUACGGUCGAAACGUGGGCGACUCUUUUGCAUAACGCGGGAUGGUAUGCAUCGUCGCAAGGGGAAUACGACAUCGCAGAGCGGAUGGUAGGCGAGGCAUUGAAAGUACGCGAGAAGAGGCGGGGAAACGAAGAUUUGGUGACUCAAGAAACUAUGUUACUGCUUGCUGCUGUUCUUUCACAUCAGGGCCAAUGGGAUAAAGCCGAGGAGCUGGGAGUCCUGGUAAUGAAGACGAGGAAGAAGACUCUCGGGGCUGACCAUACCAUCACGCUAACUAGCAUAAGCAACCUGGCGUCAACAUACUGGAACCAGGGCAGAUGGAAGGAGGCCGAGGAGCUAGAGGUAACGGUGAUGGAGACUCUAAAGACGGUGCUCGGCCUCUAUAAUCCCGAAACACUGAAGAGCAUGAGUAGCCUGGCGUUGACGUACUGGAAGCAGGGCCGCCUAGUGGAGGCCGAGAGGCUGUUAACGCAAGUGACAGAAAUUUGCAAGACGAUGAAUGGGGACCAGCAUCCCGAAACACUGACUAGAAUGGACAAUCUCGCGGCAAUAUACAGGGACCAGGGCCGGUUAAAGGAGUCCGAGAAGUUGUCUAUACAGGUGAUAGCAACUCGCAGGAUGGUGCUCGGGGCCAUCCAUCCUGAUACAUUAACGAGCAUGGACAGUGUGGCGUUGAUAUAUACGGACCAGGGCCGGUGGGAGGAGGCCGCGGGGCUGCAUAGGCAGGUGGUGGAGGCCCGCAAGGCCGUGCUCGGGGCUGGCCAUCCAAAUACCCUGACAACGAUGGACAAGUUAGCGUCGAUAUACCGGAAUCAAGGUCGGUGGAAGGAGGUCGAGGACCUGGAGAAACAACUGGGGGUGGACAGAAGCCUCCGUUCGAGGGAUAAGCCGUUUAGCCAGCUUGGCUCUGUGGCAUCCAGGACUUACAUCUCAGAUUCAGGAUUUGUCUCGGGGACUGCGGGAACUUCUCAGAGCAGAAAACGUCCUCAAAUGCAGGACACCGUCGACGAAGAGGCCGGGAUUAUUGCGGAGCCAGCGAGCAGUGGUGAAGAUCGGCAAAGCCAGGACGCAUCGGCAUCUAUAGCGGAAACCGAGUAUUCGCUCGCCUCGAGCGUGCUCCCCGAACGAGUGGGCCAAUACACCUCCGAGAUGGCCUCUCUGUUGGAAGAUGCAAUGCCGCUAGGGCCUUUAGACGCCUCGACGCUGCAGGGACUGGAACAACAGCUUCCCGAUACACUGAAGACCUUCGCUCUCAUGAUGGGUGUUUCUGGUUCAACCCCGGAGAAUCGAGAAAUCAUGUAUUUUGUGUACAAGCACCGAGAAGCCGUCAUUGAUAUGUUUAGGGCCAAGCACGCCAAAAACGGCGGCAGCAACGACGGCGACUUCGACGACGAGGAAGAGGAGGACAGACCCCGACCUGUGAUUAACCAUGCGCAGCCAAUGACCCAUGAUGAUAUAAUGAGUCGGUUCCUCUCGGAUCUCGAUACCACAGCAGGACCGGAACCGGAACUGUCGUCGCCGGACAAAGCGGGAGAGACCCGUCGGGUAAGCGAGGACAUUGCCAACGAAGAACUUGAACCCGGCGACUUGCCGGAUGUUGGAGAUUACCGACACCGCAUUGUCAAAUCCGCAGCGUAUGAAUGGCUUCAGCGGGCUUUAUCCUCGGUGACCACCCGAACCAAUGCCGUUCCCGACCUGAGGAAGGAAAUAAGGGACACUGUCAUUCGCUCACUAUAUACCGUCGGCGGCGAGCGGAGGUUGAGUAGGGCCAGGCCCCCGGAGCGUUAUCGUGUCACGGUCGAGAUGAAGUGGGACCCGCGGUUGUUUAUUGCAAAGCAGAAGUAUGAGGAGGAUCCGGGGGUCGCCGUUGCCGGGGCCGUCACCUUGACCGGGUCGGCCCAGGAUUACCAGGCCGCCACCACUGAACAAUACCUGUCACAAAUUUGGCCGUCAUCCGGCAGGCAAACGAUGCAGCUACUUCAGCGUGUUCUCGACGGAGCGCCCGGCGAUGUCCAGUCUACAACUGACUUCCUACCCCCUAAUAGCAACCUGGCCUGACGAAACUAUCGUUACAGCCCUAGCUGAUGGCCCGACCUUUUUCAUA